AUGGAGGAGCCAAAAGGAGAUGAGGACAAGGAUAUAAACAAAGAUGAGGAGAUGGAUGAGGAUGAGGAGGAGGGAGAUGAGGAAAAGGAGACAAAUGAGGAUGAGGAGAUAGAUUCAAAUCAGGAUGCCAUGGUUGUUAGAGGUGAGGAAGAUCAAUCAUUUGAGAAGGCCAUUCCGAUAGGGAAACCAAAUGAACAGACUAUAGUACCAGAUAAUCCUGAUAGUGUUAAUGUUGAUAACUCCAAUGAAGUUGUACAGGAUCCUCCGGUGAUAGACAUUGUUUCAGAGAAGGUAGCUGAGAAGACAAAUGAUACAAAGAAGGAUGAUGGUAAAGAUGAAAGUGCAGAGGGAGAAGGAAAGGAGAAAGGAGAGGAGAAGGAAGAUCAGGCUCCGGUGACAGUGGCAAAAGACACCAUUGCUGACAAAGGAAAACAAAUUGCUAUUUAUUCAGAUGAUUUUGGUUAA